UUCAAGCGACUUGCUCAAUUCACUUGCCUUGUCUAAACGUAGCAUUAGUCAAAACCGAAAUUAGCGUCCCUUGCAGUGCAUGAUAGAAUCACUAGAAAUCUAGAAUAUUGUGAAUCUUGUUCGAAACAGCCUCAAGAUUGAUCCUUCCAAGAUGGUUUCGACCCGGGGGCAGAAGUACAAGUUCUCUGACGGGGAAAAGGUACUCUGUUACGAGCCAGAUCCUACCAAGGCAAAGGUGUUGUAUGACUCGAAGGUAAUAAAGGUAUUAGAAGUGUCGGAAGGGAAAGAUAAACGCGGUCGUAAGGUAAUCGAGUACUUGAUUCAUUUCCAAGGUUGGAACUCGUCUUGGGACCGUAAAGUUAGUGAAGAUUUCAUUCUUAAAGACACAGAAGAGAACCGACAGCUGCAGAAGGAUUUGGCGGAAAAAUCGCAGUUGCACCAGGGAACUUAUCUUUAUCGGAAGGAACGCAAGAAGCAGAGGGACAAAUCAUUAACAGCUCGUAUUGAGAGCCUUACACAGCAAAUAGGCCCACAAAAUAAACCGCUUGUGCAGCCUUUAUCGGAGGAAGGAAGUUCCUGCAGUAACGGCUUCGGACGGGAAGAAACCGAUUUCAUUGCUGAUCCGCCUUUAGAUCUGGACACCGAGUACUAUAGCAGUUCGGUUGAAAGCACACAUGAAGAAGAUAAGGUCUAUAUUCAAGUGGGGGACAAGUUGAAGCGAAUUCUCGAACAUGACUACCACAUGGUGUCGGAUGGUAGGUUGGUGGAAAUUCCUGCACAACUCCCGAUCGUUACAAUACUUGAACACUUUGUUCGACAUUACACCAUUCGACAGCUGUUUGGUCAAGAGCAGGCCAAACUCAGACGUAGAAACAGUUCGUUCCUGAAGGGCGAUCAGAAGACAAAGGACUAUGAUACUAUUCGUACGAAUGUCGAGCUCUGUAAGGAGGUAGCGGAUGGUCUGAGAUUAUACUUUGAUUUCACACUGAAGGAUUACCUUCUGUACCCAUUGGAGAGACAACAAGCCGAACUGGUGCUAUCAGACGUAUAUCUCAUGAAUUUCACAUACGUUGCAUCGCCUGCGCUCUCCUUAGAUUUGCUAACGAUUCGGUUGGAAUCUCCGGCGACCGAUUCGGGCACCGACCACGCAGAUCUGUCAGUUUCCGGAAGUUCGUUGGCGGCACAAGAGGAAAAAAGACGCCGCCGGUUGAGAUCCCACAAAAACGAAGAAAACGAGUUCAUACUAGAUAUGGGUUUUCUCAAGUCCGAAUCAGUCUCGCCUGGAAAUCCACAAGCUCUGGCAUAUUCGCUACUGAAGAGCGUGUUCCCUGCCAACGUCACAAUAUCAUUUCAGUCCAAGGAAAUUCUGGAGGAUGUCUUCGGUUGGAAGAUUCUCCCCUCCGAUGCCCCUGCAGAGCCAUCAAUGAUCUACGGGGCCACCCAUCUGGCUCGAUUGAUUGUUAAACUUCCGGAAUUCCUAUCUGCUUCGUCGAUGGCCGAUGAAAAAUUGAAAUUGUUGCUGAAGUUUUUGGACUGCUUCUCGGACUAUAUUGAGGAACACGAAGAAUGGUUCGGAAGCCAUGUGUACGGUGAGAAGAAAGCAAAUCUGUUGGAUUGUAAACUGGAAGACAGCGUCGGACUGUCUUCGAUGGUCGGCGGUAUCCGGAUAAAAGAAGAGGAUUUAGAUUUGCAUGACGAUGGUAUUAUGUCUGGGCCGUUGCUAUCAGAUGUUAAGGUUGAAGCAACGUCAUUGCUGUCCUAAUGGAGUGCGUAUGUGAUUGUAAGAAA